AUUGACUCCCUCUUUGUCUUUCAACUCAAUGGGAUGGUUAGUAACUCUAACGUUGAUACUCUGCACCUGCCACGCGGAGGCGGCGGCGGAGGAGGAUCGUUCAAGACAACCUGAGCGGCUGAGUUCGCUGACUGAGGAGCUGCUGCGGAUAGCGAGGGAGCCGGAUUUCUUGGGGUGGCUGAGAAGCGUCCGGAGGCGAAUCCACGAGAACCCGGAGCUGGCUUUCCAAGAAUUCAACACGAGUCAACUGGUGAGAUCGGAGCUCGACUCACUCGGCAUUCAGUACACCUGGCCGGUGGCGGAGACCGGCGUUGUUGGUUCGAUCGGGUCUGGGUCGCAGCCGUGGUUCGGUCUGCGAGCAGACAUGGAUGCUCUGCCCAUUCAGGAAAUGGUAGAGUGGGAACACAAGAGCAAGAACAAGGGCAGGAUGCAUGCUUGUGGCCACGACGCCCAUGUCGCAAUGCUACUCGGCGCUGCCAAGCUGCUUAAACUUAAACAUGGCGAUAUAAAGGUAAACCACCUUCAUAAACUACAAUCAGUCUACUCUACCCCGGAGAAGGGCACUGUGAAAUUGGUCUUCCAACCAGGAGAAGAAAGUCGAGCUGGCGCUUACCACAUGCUCCAAACCGGUGCUCUGGACAACAUCCAGGCAAUGUUUGGCCUCCACGUGGCACCCGAGAUGCCGGUCGGCUCAAUCGGUUCCAGACCAGGAACAUUCCUCGCCGGCUCAGGAAGGUUCUUGGCCUCCGUCAAAGGGAUCGGCGGGCACGCCGCCCGGCCACAGGACACAAGGGACCCAGUUGUCGCUGCUUCCUUCAUCAUCCUCGCCCUCCAGCAAAUCAUCUCCCGCGAAACUGACCCUCUUCAAGCUGGGGUGAUAUCAGUAGGAUUCGUGGAGGGCGGCCGAGCGGAGAACGUGAUCCCGGAAACGGUGAAGCUGGGGGGCACCUUCCGAAGCACGACCGCGGAAGGGCUAGAUGAUCUCAGGCAGCGGAUCAGAGUGGUGGUGGAGGGACAAGCGGCAGUCCACCGGUGCAGUGGCUCGGUGGACUUCAUGAUGGAAACCAUGAGGCCGUAUCCGCCAACCGUCAACCACCGAGAAAUGUACGGCCACGCCAAGCUGGUUGGAGAAGCACUGCUGGGGGAAUCAAACGUGACGCUACUUCCGCCGAUCAUGGGGGCAGAGGAUUUCAGCUUCUACUCUCAGAAGAUGAACGCCGCCUUCUUCAUGAUUGGUGCUAGGACGACCAAAGUGGGCCCGCGACCAGUGGAGCCGCUGCAUUCACCACGACUCGUCAUUGACGAGGAUGUGCUCCCCGUAGGAGCAGCUCUCCAUGCUGCUGUCGCCAUUUCCUACUUGGACGCCGGUGGUGUUGCUGCUGCUGCGGAAUGA